UUCUUUUUAGUUUCAUUUCGUACCAACAUGGAUUAUAGUGCAUUCCUGAUUAAAUUUUUGCCUUUAGUUAUAGAUUUUUUCAAAUGGAAAAGUGCAAACGAUAUAAUUUUAUUCGAUUGUUAUCAAUCUGAGAUCAUAAUCAACAUGCAGAUAGAACUUUCUAAGUAUUAUUUUUACUCUUCAUCAAGGGCUUUAAAUAGAAAUGAUUCUCUCUGUUUACAUGCCAAUAAAGUUGGACUUUUAUUGAAUACAUCAUGUGAUGGAUGGGAUAAGGCAUUCACUCAAUUUGAACCAUUCAUGUUUCAACCACAAUUUAUAUGGCUGAUUUUUACAGAUGAUUUUAACAAUACAAUUGAGAAAAUGUUAAAUUUUGAAAUACUACUAAAUUCAGAUGUCACUAUUGCAUAUAAAAAUGAUAGUAAUUAUGAACUUUUUGAAAUCUAUAAAACUGGGUUGAAUGUACAGUCAUUUCGAAUAAACAAUGUUGGGUUUUGGGAUUCAGGACUGCAAAUUAAUAAAACGGACAGAUGGGAUUUGUCUGGGUUCACUAUGAAAUGCCCUAUUGUUAUUCCUGAAAGAAUUGAAAAUGAAACUUUCGAUGAUUAUUUGGCUGGAAAAAAACCUCAUAUAGAUUCAGUAAAUAAGUUUAAAUUUUAUUCUGUUCUACUCUACUUACAAGAUAUGUUUAAUUACAGCUACGAACUGAUACGAGUUAAUUCGUGGGGAUAUAUUCGCAACGGUAGUUUUGAUGGAAUGGUUGGAGCCUUACAACGCGGCGAUGCAGAUGUCGGAGGCAGCACAUUAUUCUUCAGGAGCGACAGGGCGGAAUUGCUCGACUACGUAGUGGAAACGUGGCCGACUAGGCAAUGCUUCAUCUUCCGCCACCCAAAGCAUCCAGGCAGCUACUUCUCCAUCUACACACGCCCUCUGACUGCAGAUGUAUGGUAUUGCAUUUUUGCCAUGUUUGUCGUUACGUCGUCUUGCAUGGCGUUCACACUAAAGCGGUUUCGCGGGAACAGUGACUCUUCUAUCAGCUUAGCUUGGCUUUUCACUUGGAGUGCGAAUUGUCAACAGGGAAUGUCAAUCAACCACAAAUCAGCUCCUGUGAAGAUUCUAGUCCUAACGACGUUCGUAUGCUCUGUGACCUUGUAUCAGUACUACAAUGCGGCAGUGGUCUCCACGUUGCUGCAGGAGCCGCCGAAAAAUAUUCGUACCCUGGCGGAUCUGACCCGCAGCGGUCUGAGAGCUGGCGCCGAGGAUGUCGUCUAUGUCAAAGAGUUCUUCAAGCGCACAACAGACCCCUCAGCCAUUGAAAUAUACCAACGGAAAAUAAUGACAGAAGGUAAUUUCCACACGCCCGAAGUCGGCAUGGCGCUGGUGAGGCGCGGCGGGUACGCCUUCCACGUCGACAGUGUUGUGGCCUACCGGAUCAUGAGGAAGACAUUCUCAGAGCGCGAGAUUUGCGAAGCACACGAGAUACCGAUGUAUGCCCCGCAGAAGAUGGCUGUCAUUAUGCCGAAGCGGUCGCCGUAUAAACAACAUAUUGCUUACGGCAUCCGAAAAAUGUUCGAAGCGGGCCUGCUACACCGGCUCCGCACGGUAUGGGACGAGCCGAAGCCCCAAUGCGUGCGGAACGCCAACAACAAGUUAAUUUCCGUCUCCAUCCGCGAGUUUUCGAUGGCGCUAGUGGCGCUGUGCGUCGGCAUGGUGACAGCUGUUAUCGUUUUGGCGGGAGAAAUUGUUUGGUUUAGGGUUCAAAAUAGAAAUAUUUUGAACCAACUGAACCAACGUUUGAUAGAUUUUAAGAACAAGUAGCUCGAAGAAUUCUAGAUUCACGAUUUGCAUUAUUUUGGACAUUGCCACCAAAAUGGAGCCAGCGAAUGUAUAACUGGAGCCCAUAAGGAUAGGGAGUCCAA